AAACUCACUCAUUUUUACUUCUAUCGUAAUCACAAUUAGUUAAGCUAAUUAAUCUGUUUUUAUUUCCAGUUUAUUAUUAUAAUUAUUCUCAUCUCGCCCGGUUUCUCUCUCUUCUGAUUUUUAUUUUCCUUCAGUCUCUCUCUAGAAUUUUCUUUUCUUUUCUUUUCUCGAGGACCGAACGCCUCUAGGGUUUGGUGGCCAAUCGGAGCGACUUCUCGCACUUGCUGUUGAAUCGAGGACUUUGAGUAAAAGGCACGCACACUCACUCUCUUGGAUUGAUUGCGUUCGAUUUCAUUUUUUUCUUCUCUAUCUGUGGCACGGACGGGUUGUAGGUGAACUGGAUGGAAGUUUAGUGACUUUGAGCUGAAUUUGCUUGUGCUUGAUUGUUCAAAGAGUUUAAAUCUGGUCUUGGCUUGAUGUGGUUUUGCUGAAAAAGGAGUAAUGUGUUGAGUAAUGGCACUUAAGGUUCCAGCUAAUAAGGCUGCUGAAGUUGCUAUUGGGUCAAUCGGACGUGGAUAUGAUGUUGCAAUAGAUCUGAGGUUGAAAUACUGUAAAGGGGAUUUGAGUGAUUCCCGGUUAAUUGAGAUUGAUCAAGAUGGAAUUCAGGAGAUUGUUUUGCCUGGUGGGAUAUCUAUUCCCAACGUGCCCAAAUCUAUAAAAUGUGAUAAGGGUGAGCGCAUAAGGUUUAGGUCUGAUGUUCUCUCUUUUCAGCAGAUGUCAGAGCAGUUCAAUCAGGAGCUAUCUUUAACUGGUAAAAUUCCUUCAGGUCUCUUCAAUGCCAUGUUUGAUUUCUCAAGUUGUUGGCAGAAAGAUGCAGCCAACACCAAGACUCUUGCUUUUGAUGGGGUGUUCAUCUCACUCUACACUGUUGCAUUGGAGAAAUCACAGAUGGUGCUUCGAGAUCAUGUAAAGAAAGCCGUCCCAUCUGUGUGGGAACCUUCUGCACUAGCAAGUUUUAUUGAGACAUUUGGCACACAUAUUAUUGUUGGUGUGAAAAUGGGAGGGAAGGAUGUAAUAUAUGUAAAACAGCAGCAUUCAUCAACCCUUCAACCUGCUGAUGUACAAAAACGAUUAAAGGAGAUGGCAGAUAAAAGGUUUUUAGAUGCUAAUGGACAAUAUAGCAUGCCUUCUGAACGACUUUACCAGAAUGACAAGUUUGAAAUCAGGGAGCAGCGGCUGAGGUUUGCUGAUACUGGCCCAUCUAGUUCUUAUUCACACAAAGAGGAUAUUGUAAGCAAUUGCAAGAGGAGAGGUGGAAAUGAUUACCGAAACUUAUCUCAUAAUGAGUGGUUACACACUGUUCAGUUUGAGCCUGAUGUGAUCUCAAUGUCGUUCAUCCCAAUUACUUCUCUGCUAAAUGGAGUCCCAGGGAGUGGCUUCUUAAGCCAUGCCAUAAAUCUCUACUUACGAUAUAAACCGCCAAUCGAAGAACUCCACCAAUUUCUGGAAUUUCAGUUGCCAAGGCAGUGGGCACCUGUUUUCAGUGAGCUUCCCCUUGGUCUGCAACGAAAGCAACAAAGUACUUCAUCCUUAAAAUUCAGUUUCAUGGGACCCAAGCUUUUUGUAAACACUAAUCUGGUCGAUGUGGGUCGGAGACCUGUGACUGGCCUUCGGCUUUAUCUAGAAGGCAGAAGCAACAAUCACCUGGCUAUCCACGUGCAACAUCUCUCCUCUCUUCCAAAAGUGUUCCAACUCAUAGACGAUCCGAAUGGCAACUUGCAUCGGGAGAGUAAUGAUCGUAAAUACUACGAGAAGGUUCAGUGGAAGAACUACUCUCAUGUCUGCACUGCUCCUGUGGAGUCUGAUGAGGAUCUUUCGAUAGUUACCGGGGCACAGUUACAGGUUGAGCAUCACGGGUUCAAAAGUAUUCUCUUUUUGCGACUCCGCUUCUCAACUGUUUUGGGAGCUGCAGCUGUCAAGCAUCCGGAGUGGGAAGGAUCACCAGGUUUGACACCCAAGUCAGGACUCAUAUCAACAUUAAUCAGCCAUCACUUCACAAAUGUACAGAAGCCACCUCCACGGCCAGCUGAUGUUAACAUAAACUCAGCCGUCUACCCUGGUGGUCCUCCAGUGCCUGUCCAAGCGCCAAAGCUUCUAAAAUUUGUUGAUACAACAGAGGUUACAAGAGGGCCGCAGGAUCCUCCUGGCUAUUGGGUGGUGUCCGGGGCAAGACUAGUUGUUGAGAAGGGCCGGAUCUCUCUGCGGGUUAAGUAUUCUUUGUUGACUGUAAUAAUGCCAGAUGAAGAAGACCUAGAAGAGCAGUAGAAGAUUUUUUUACCGGUCUCCUAUACAGAAGAACGACAACAAACACAAUCGAAGAAAGUGAGCGAAAAUGAUGCAGAAUUGGUGAAUUGAUUGAAGAAACCUUUGCUGGUGCAAAUCAAGAAUGUAUAGUAAUGCUUCAAGGAUUGACGAUGGUGGUUGUAUGAAUUGUGUUCCAUCAUCAUUUGUCUCAUGUAAUUUAUUUUUGUAUUUUUGAUGUAGAUUCCUGAUGAUAGUGCUGGCUGCCUACCGUUCAGUGGGGUUACAAACAGAGAACAAGCUGACUAUCGAAGUUGAGAAUGGUUGAUUUUUGUUUACCAAGGUAUACCAAAUCAUCUUUAAGCUUCCA